AUGGAUGAAGAUCUCCAUGACAAUCCGAGUCCCAUCGAGUCUGCGGAGGCCUCGUCCGCACGGUCAGGUCCCCGCAGACUCCCGAAGAAACGGACCAAGACUGGUUGUUUAACUUGUCGAAAGCGCCGCAUUAAGUGCGGCGAAGAGAAGCCGAUCUGCACCAACUGCGUCAAGUCAAAGCGAAUCUGUGAGGGCUAUGCCCAGCGAGUUGUCUUCAAGAAUCCCAUCGGUAUCUUCGGGUCUUUUGGUCCCCUACAUAGUCAGGAUCCCCAAAUGCUACAGCAGCAUAUGGGAAUGCCCAUGUACAACGACUAUGGCUCGCAACUCCCUCCCCAGCAGGCCGCUGCCGCCGCUCAGCAUCCAAUGCUUGCCCCGCGCCCUGUUGAUCCAGCUACGAUGGGUUACAGCUCUUUCCCGCCACAGAUGCCUCAGCCAGAUAGGACUCAGCCAGGAAAUACUCCUCCGUUCUACUACCCACCUGGUCCAAUGCCAGUGCAAGCGCCGACCCAUAUGUGGCAGAUCGGGCAAUUGGGUCAUACAGAGGGCAUGCCGGUCCCACAAGCCAGCGCUGAUUACUCACAGACGGCUGAAGAAUACGCCUCGAACCUGUCCCCAGUUCCGGCUCUCAAUGCUGUAUCGGGAAGAAAUCAGGACAUUUCAACUCAGAUGACUCAACCUCUGCCGACUAUAUACCAUUAUCAGCCACCACCGGGACAAUUGCCACAGCAAUCAGGUCCUCUUGAACAGUACAUUCCCCAGCAACCGCAGGUGAUAUAUAUGGAAGAUGAAACCGAGGACUAUUACGAUGUGGACUCGGACGAUGAGAUGGACGACCAAUCCCGGGCCGAAGGCUUCAACCAGCUGAGUCUCAUUAUGGCGUCUGCCAACCGCGACGAGCAACAACUACGCUCCUUUACAACUUAUUUGAAUGAGCCUAAUAUUCUCGCCUCGUACCGUCCUUCAUAUGGUUCUUCUCCUUUGAACAAUCCCAAAACAGCCCGCAUCUUCGCCCACUUCAUUCAUUCCACCGGCCCCUCUUUAUCAAUAUUUGAACGUCAUCCUACCGACUCUUCGAUUGUCCUAGGGGCUGCCGUGCCCUCCACACGGCAAGGUUUAUGGACCUAUACCCUUGCUCUCAAGGCUUUGGAGCACCCCGCGCUGCUCCAGUCCAUUUUGGCAGUCAGUAGUUUGCAUAUUGCAAACUUGCAGCAUACUCCUGCAACAGUAUCCCUGAAACACUACCACUACGCAUUAAAGCGAAUUGGAUAUGCAGUCGGCCUUCCCCACCGGCGCAAACAAAUCGGCACACUGGCUGCUACUCUCCUGCUUGGCUACUACGAGGUGAUAUCGGCUGAUCACUCCGGAUGGAACAACCAUAUUGCCGGAACCGCCCAGCUAAUUCGAGAGAUCGACUUUGCUAGCACGACCAGAGACCUUCGAGCUCAUCGACGCAGGCUACACGAGCAGCGACGCCAGUCGGACUGGUCGAAUUCAUGGUGGGGGAUGUCUGGCGAUAUAUCCGAGGAUGAUCCCUUCGAGGAGAAAGAAGGCAACAUUGAUGAAGACCUCAUCGGAACCCUUAUGGGUCGUUCAAUCAACUAUGACCAAUUUGGUGUUAUUGACGAGGGCAACACACAGCCACCCAAGAAGCACUUUACUCGCAAGGACAUUGAGGUUUUCCGAAUCCAGUGCGAUCUCUACUGGUGGUUCUUCAAACACGAUGCAUUCCAGAGCUUUAUUGGAGGGAACAAACUAUUGUUGCCCUUCUCUCAACGGGGUCAGUGUCCGCCCCGAGCGGGUAUCGGUCGGUUAGAUGCCAUCUAUGGCUCGGCAGAUCAUCUAUGGAUGUUGCUCGCUCGAGUGACGGACUUUGGCCUGCGUGACCGGAAGCGAAAACUUAGAACGUUAAAGGCAGGUGGGAAGGACUGGAGGCCUGGUCCUGAGAUGUUCAAGUUCAUGGGUCGCUUUGCUGGCGGUCCCCCUGGCCAAAGACCGGGGCCUCCUGGUGGUCCAGGUCCAGGCCCGGGUGGUCCACCUGGUGGCCCCCCUGGUCCCCCUGGUAUGCAGCCUGGAGGCCCGGGCGGACACCCGACAGCGGAGCCUGCUGGGCAAUCACCUCCAUCUGCUGACAGCCCUCCCAUGUAUGGGAUGGUACCCCCUCAGCCCCCGACUCGACUGCCGUCUGGAUUCGAAGAUAGACCGCGUGAGCCGCGGGCGUCACCUGACGCGGAUGACCAGAACGAGGUGAGUUACAAGGAAGCAGAGCAGGACUGGGAAGAGAUCUUAGCUGCUAUGGAAAUCUUUGCCCAUGCGCUGGGCCGUGACUUUCAGCCUCUGCCAGCGGAUGUCACGCUUCCGAUCGCGACUCCCUUCGGCCCCGCCCUUCAAUAUCGUACGCACACCAUCGCCGUCAUCUGGGGAUUCUACUAUGCUGCGCGGCUUUUGCUGAACCGGCUUCAUCCUUCCAUGCCGCCGGCCAUCAUGAUGGCAGCAGGAGUGGCUGCUCCGACGACUGCCGAGUUAGCGCAAACCAUUGGGAAGAUCUUCUCGGGUAUUUACUACCCGCAACGCCAUAGCCUCGAAGCCGGCAGUCUCAAUCCCAAUCUGGGUUCGUCAUUGACUGAAAUGACGGUUCCACUUUUCUUUGCGGCUGUACAGUAUACCGAUGCUAAUCAGCGGGCUUGGACGAUUGCCAAACUCCGAGAUAUCUCUCGUCUGACAGGAUUCAAGUCUUCUGAGGCUGUUGCCGGUGGCUGUGAAAAGGCAUGGACUGUGGCUGCCAAACAAGGUCGGGGGCCGCCAUAUCAACGGUCAUUCGAGACUGCGCGAGAGCGGGAACGUCAACGAGAGGUAAGCAUGCUCCAAAACCCUGGCAACAUGGUCGCUAAGUUUCAUGCGCCACAGGAGGCUGUGCUGGAAAUGAGUGACGAUCGUCGUUUUGUGACGGUCAAGAAAGAUCGGUCUCAUUGGGCUAUGGGGAUUUUAGAGGAGGACAUAGCCAACUUGGAAGUGUAG